AUCUCCAUCACACAUCGACACCAGGCCUGCUUUCCCUGCCUGCAACAACAAGCAGCCAGUUGCUUGCUUGUUUGGUUGCCUGCUGCUAGCUGCAUCGGUCAAUCGAUCAAACAAACUCCAAAUCCCUCAGCGGGCCCCUUCUUUCUCUCUCUUCUCUCUCUCUUUUUUAUUUAUUUUAUAUUUUAUUUUACCCUUUCUUUCCUCAUUCCCUCCUUUACUGCCCUAUUCUUCCCCCCACCAAAGUUCGAAUUGCUGCGUCCCAUCCCCUCCCUGCCGCUCCGGCUACGAAUAACGUUAACGUUGACGAAUAUCCUGGGUAGUCUAUUUUUCUUUUCCCUUAUCCGUUGCAUUUCGUGUUUCCGAUAUUCUGCCCCUCUUCAACGCUUCCUUUCACACCACCCAUCAUCUUUCCUUUUCCCGUUUGUCUGUCAGCCUGUUUGUCAUCAUUAUUGUCAUCGUCAUAAACUCCACCUCUAUCCCUUACAGCCUUACUAGGGAACUUCUCACCAUCCCACCUCCCUACCCUCACCCACCCCUUUAUUCUUUCAUUUCUUCUUUUAGUUGUUGCUGCUGACAGACUCGCAACGUCACUAGGUAUAGACGAUAAGGGAAUAAUUCAGUUUAUUUUUUAUCGUUUGUAUUUCAUUUAUCUUUU